AGUGACUUUGGCGUUGCCAGACUGUUGAAUGCUGUCACAACAGCGUUAGCUAUUUGAUUAUUAUUAUUGUUUGGUUAUUUACAUAUUAUUAAUAAUAAUUUGCUAUACAAAUUAGUGAUUACAAAAUCUCACUACUUUAAAUAGCUUAUUUUUUGUUUAUUUAGAUUAUUAUUGGCAAUCGCAUUAAACUAUUAAUUUCAGCGUUGCCACCUAACUCAAUUCCGCAAUUUAACACUUACUUUUGUCAUGCGUCACGAUACCUGCCUUAAGUAACAGGUAUCUUUCACAGCAUGUGCAAUUCCUCGCACAAAUGGAGAACCUGGCGACAAAGAAAAACUGGACAGAAGAGGAACGUUUAGAGCUGGCAGCUCAAUUAGAUGCACAGCUUGAUGAGUUCAUUGAUGGCCUGGAGAAGAAACGCUAUGAGGAGGGAUGGCCAGAGGAUCGCUGGCAGGAGGAAAUGGACAAACAUCCGUUCUUCAUGAAGAAAGCACCACAGCCAGGUGACGAAGUGCAUCCCAUGUUUGAAGGCUUGCAAAAGCUCAAAUACGAUCCGGAGGAGAAUACACUGGAUGAGCUGGCGCUCAACUACAAGGAGGAUGGCAACUUUUACAUGAAACACAAGAAAUUCCGCAUGGCCGUCUAUUCAUUUACGGAGGGCAUUAAAACCAAGUGCGAAAAUCCCGAUGUGCUCGCCGUGCUCUACAACAAUCGUUCAGCUGCCCAUUUCUUCAUUAAGAAUCAUCGUUCCGCGUUGAGUGAUGCACAGCGCGCCUUGUUUUACAAGCCGGAUUAUAACAAGGCUCGCUGGCGAGCUGCUCAAUGUGCCUACGAGCUGGACAAGUUUGAUGUGUGCAGCCAGAUGUGCGAGGAGCUGCUCGAGGUGGACAUCGAUCAUAAGGAUGCCAAGGCGCUGCUGCACAAGAACAAAAUGAAAAAGAUGGACACGGAACGCAAUCAACGCAAGGAGGCUGCCGAAUCCAAGCGUCGACUUGCGCGCUUCCACAAGCUGCGCGAUGCUCUGACGCAGCGUGCCAUUAAAUUCGAUGAUCAACCCAUCAAUAAGCGAACAAAUAUAACCGAUGAACUGUUGCGCCCCAAGUUUUUGCCCCUGGAAGACUAUCCCGUGCAUUUGGAUGAAGAUGAGAGUACUUUAAUUUGGCCCACUGCCUUCUCCUAUCCGGAAUUUCUGCUCACCGAUUUUCAGCAACAAUUGCCGGAGACGGCAACGAUGAUGGAUUGCCUGAUUACGCUCUUUGAAGAGCCGCUUCCCGCUGAUAAGAUGUCAAGCUAUCGUCCGGAUAAGGUUAAUGUCUACUAUGAGAAUCGCAAGGCGGGCUGCGCUCACAAGGUAAACCCCAAAAGCACGCUGCGGGAGAUUAUCAACGAGAAGGGUUUUUUUGUGUCCGGCGGCGCUUUGCUCUUCUAUGUGGUGCCAAAGGGCACGCGAGUGGAGCAGGAGUUCAUAAAUCAACAGAGACGUCCCCAAGUCUACAGUUGAGUUUGAGUUUAAUUUUAAAAAAAUUACAAUCGUUUUUUUUUUACAUAAACAAAGCAUUGGUUAAUUUUAUUGUUAUUAUUGACUUUAUGCGUAGUAUAUGUAUAUAUAUAUAUAUAAUUAUAAAGUUUAUAUCUAUAGUCACGGUACAAUUGAGCUUUGGUUGCGCUAAAAUAGAAGCUGUUUUCAAAUAUCCAUAGUUUUACAAUGAAUAUAUAUAUAUCCUUGCAGCAGAAGCUAAACAUUUUUAAAUGCUCUAAUAAACGCUUUUUUUUAUAUAUAUGUAUAUUAUUUGGACGUUUUUUGUAUUUUAUAGCUAAUUUUUGAAUAAUACUGCAAGAAUAUAAAAUAUAUUCAUUUCCAUUUUCUAACUAAUUUAGUUUUAUAAUUUUUUGUUGAUAUGUUCUUAGGCGUUGGCAGAUUUUUUUGCAAAAGCCAAAAAAGCGAUUCACAGAUUUAUAAGCAUUUUGCCAACAGAGUUUAAAACAUUAAUUUAACUUAAUUAAUUUGCAUACAAUUAAAUACAUUUAAGUCGAUUAAAGCAUUGCCGUCCAAGCUGCGUACAACAUUUUGUUGCAAACUUGUUUCAAAUUUCGAUUUCUAAGUGAGCCAAAAGCGAGCGCAAAAUCUUCUCAUUUGAUUUAAGUGAAACGCUGAAGCUCAAAGAAGCUCAUAAGAAGCUGCCUUAAUAACUAAAAUAAGAUAAUAUUAGUUUGGUUUCGUGUAAAACUCGUCAACAAUAGUUUUGUCUUUUGUAUAAUUUGUGUGUAUAUGUAUUAAUAAAAGCGUUUCUUGAUUUCUCACGAUAA